UUAUGGAUCAGAGAUUAAAGACGUCCGCAAAAUGAUAUGAUACGGGCGCACCUACAAUAGCGCACCUAGAGGCGGUAUAAAUAACCCCUAACAGCAUUGCGCGCGCGCCCCUUCACCCUUUGCUAAAUUGGGUAGCAGUGCCGAUAAACGAUCUGAAGCGAAAGAGAAGAGCAUACGGAAGGAAAUUAAAAUGGGUGCAGAGAGAGAAAGUCUGACUGAUUUUUCGAGGGAGUCAGUAGACAAAGUUGUGAGACGUGUUAAUGCGCGUGGAUCAUCAGGAACAAAAGGAAAUGGCAAGCAAGUCGUUGUGGAUACAGGGGUUACGUGGAGUGAUUUGGAUGGGGGAAAUUUCAGGGAUUCUCUGAGGAACAACGAUGACGAAAUAGAUGAUAUAGAUUGGGAAGAUGGGUCUAAUUCGCUUUUGGAUUCUGCAAGCAAUCAUCAUUUGGGUGAUGAUAGCACUAGGACGGUGACUAUUGAAUUUAGUGAGUCUCUUGAUUUUGCUAAGCGGAAGCCUGUUCGUCGUGCUACAUCUGAAGAAAAGGAAUUGGCGGAGAUUGUCCAUAAGGUUCACUUGCUUUGUUUACUUGCUAGGGGCAGAUUAGUUGACAGUGCUUGUGAUGAUCCUCUUAUUCAGGCCUCUUUACUCUCUCUCCUACCAUCACACUUGUUGAAGGUAUCGGGGGUCCCAAAACUUUCUGCUAAUGCUUUGUCUCCCCUUGUUAGCUGGUUUCAUAAUAACUUUCAUGUUAGAAGCUGUGCCAGUGAGAAGAGAUCAUUUCAGAAAGCUUUGGCCUUUGCACUUGAAACUCGUGAGGGAACUCCAGACGAGAUUACUGCUUUGUUUGUGGCGCUAUUCAGAGCUUUGAAGCUUACAACUCGGUUUGUGUCCAUUCUAGAUGUUGCCUCCUUAAAACCGAGUGUUGAUAGAUGUGAAUCCUCAAGUCAAGAUAAAAGCAGAGUGCACAGUGGGAUAUUCAAUAAUUCAACGUUGAUGGUAAAUAGACAAAGAGAGUUUAUCACUCCACCUGUUGAAUCAUUCUCUUACAAUGAAAAAAACAAUAUGUGUGAAACUUCUUCAAAGCUUCCUUGGAAAAGUAAAAUUAGCUAUCCAAGGGGUGAGCAAACUUGUUCUAAGGAUCCCCCUGACACAAUUGAAUUGAAAAAUCAAACAACAGAUACAUUUUCGUGUGAGGCUCAGGAUAGGGUCUCUGAAUCAUGCUCUAGCCCAAAAUGUCAGGGUUCAAAGAGGAAGGGUGAUCUUGAGUUUGAAAUGCAGAUUCAAAUGGCCAUGUUCGCAACAGGAAUUACAACUCCUCAGAGUAGCAUGAGAUCAGAUGUGAGAAGCUCGACCAGUGAUUCAUCAAAGAUUGCUUCUCCACUUAAAAGAAUUAAAACAAUUGCAAGUGAAGGAUCUCCCUCCCAUGGAAUCUCAACUGCAGUUGGAUCACAAAAAAUAGGAUCUCCUCUGUAUUGGGCAGAAGUAUACUGCAGUGGAGAGAAUUUGACAGGAAAGUGGGUGCAUGUAGAUGUGGUAAAUGCUAUUAUAGAUGGAGAACAGAAGGUUGAAGCUGCAGCUGCUGCAUGUAAAACAUCUUUGAGAUACGUGGUUGCUUUUGCUGGGCAUGGUGCCAAAGAUGUAACCCGCAGAUACUGUAUGAAGUGGUACAAGAUAGCGCCACAACGUGUUAACUCAGAUUGGUGGGACGAAGUGUUGGCCCCAUUGAGGGGGCUAGAGUCUGGAGCAACUGGAGGGCCUGAAGUAGCUGAGAGGAACAUUGAUAUAGAAUCUUCUGAGAGGAAUUCUUCUGUUGCUACUAGAAACUCUCUUGAGGAUGUGGAGUUGGAAACUAGGGCACUAACUGAGCCUCUGCCCACUAAUCAGCUGGCCUAUAAAAAUCAUCAACUUUAUGCUAUUGAAAGGUGGCUUACAAGGUGCCAGAUACUGCAUCCCAGAGGUCCCACUCUGGGUUUUUGUUCUGGACAUCCAGUUUACCCCCGUGCUUGUGUGCAAACGCUCAAAACAAAAGAAAGAUGGUUGCGUGAAGGGCUGCAGGUUAAAUCCAGCGAACUUCCAGCAAAGGUGUUGAGACAAUCUGGAAAGCUUAAGAAAGUAAAACUUUUAGAAGAUGAUGAUUAUGAUGGGGCCGAGCCUAGAGGAACUAUUGAACUUUAUGGGAAAUGGCAACUAGAACCCUUGCAGCUCCCACAUGCUGUAAAUGGGAUUGUGCCAAAGAAUGAGCGUGGUCAAGUUGACGUGUGGUCUGAGAAGUGUGUGCCACCUGGGACAGUGCACUUGCGACUUCCAAGGGUAUUUCAUGUUGCUAAGAAAUUGGAAAUUGACUAUGCACCUGCCAUGGUUGGUUUUGAAUUCAAAAAUGGCCGAUCUUUUCCUGUCUUUGAGGGCAUUGUGGUGUGUGCUGAGUUCAAGGAUGCCAUUUUAGAGGCUUAUGCUGAAGAAGAAGAGAGAAGAGAGACCGAAGAAAAGAAAAGAUAUGAAGCACAAGCUAUCUCUAGGUGGUAUCAACUUCUUUCGUCUGGCAUAACUCGACAAAGGUUACAAAACUGUUAUGCAAACAGUUCGUUGCAAAUGUCAAGCAACAUCCAAGAUAAAAAUUACAAAUCAGAUGUACAUGAUAGUAAUCAACCUCGAAAGCAAUCCCGGGGAUGCCAAAAAGAAGACGCACAGAAUACUGUAUCUGAAGUUCCUCCAGUAGAUCAAACUGAAGAUCAUGAGCAUGUAUUUUUGGUAGAAGAAGAGAGAUUUGAUGAGGAGAUUUCAGUGAAGACGAAGCGGUGUCACUGUGGAUUUUCGGUCCAAGUGGAGGAAUUAUAGCACUACCAACUUGCAUCUAUCACAUGAUGGUUCUCAGGGUACCAGUUUCAGGUAUAAUCUUUCAAGUUUAUCAGCAAGUGAAGCCCGUUGUAUUUUACUGUAGACAAGGCUUCAAUAUGGUGGUGUAAUAUUGUGCUAAUCACAGGUCUUUUUUUUUUUCCCCUUCCAUUUUGAUCUACAUAUUAUUUAGCAGUAGUAGCCAUGCCUGACUCUUUCCAAGAUCAGACAGGGCGAUAGUUGUAAGUAAUUUUCCAGGGACAUGAGUUUUAGGAGAAAUCUGCAAUUAUUCAAUUUAUAGACAUAUAAUUAUUCCCUAA